CAGAAAGCCAGGCAGUUUCAAAGUUUUAUAAAGGGAACAUUAACAUUGAGUUGAAUAACUAAAAAUCUUCUGUCCCUCUGGGAAAGUUCCCCAAAACUUCUCUGAACUGUGGUUGAAAACCCACAGGUUUGAACAACUGUGGGUGUUCCCCUCUGCUCCCCCUUAACCUCCAUUUUCAUUGAAUGAGCAAUUGCAUGCUAAUGUAUUUAAAAAGAUGCUCUCCCCCUGCCUCCUUAGUGGGCAUCAAUCUCCAUGUUACAGGGAAAAGAGUCAUGAAACUUGCACAGCAGUUGAUGCUGUGUCUCAAACAAGGCUGUUGGUCUGAAUGACAUAACUCAGCUGUAGACUUGCACAACAGAAAGUACUUUCAAGCAAACAGCUAACAUCAGAUCUGCUUUCAUCUCAGGUAACCUUGAAUAUCUGUCCAUAUCUGUUCCCUUCUGCCUCUGUGCCUGUGGUUUUAUUUUUCCUCCCUUGCCAGAAAAUCCAGAUCGCAUGGAGCUUCUGAAGCUUGGGCAUUCAGCAAAGGCAAGAAGUGUGAGGAUCUAGGUUGCAUUAACAAUGGCUUGUGCACACAAAAGCUUGUCUGCUUAUCGCUUCCCUGUUUGUUUGCUGUUUGUUGGGUUUUUUUAAUCCCCUCUCUCUUCUGCAGCUCUGUGAGUUUAUCUAGCAAAAGAUGUUGCCUGGCUCUGUGAACAUAGCCAUAUUUGCCUGAAGGAAAAAUUUGGUAAACGAAGAGAGAAUAAUUUCUUUGGAUGAAAAGCACCUUUCCAGACUGCCUCAGAGGCGCAGCAGUGAGGGUUUCAGCCUUGAGCAGGUUAGAGAUGCACAUGCAAGUCUUCACACUCACCAGGAAUCACCUGUUUUCAAAGCUGUCCUUAGACUUUUUUUGAAGUCUCAGGUAUGCCUGGACUGCUUUAGUAGGCAUUUUAAAAAGCGUUGUUGUAAAUUGACUGAUAGUAUAGUUUUAUAUUGUAAUUAUCAGGCCAUUAUGGAUGUCUUGUGCCUCAGAAUAUUGAUUUGAGUGUAUGACUGCUUUACAGUUCUGCAACUUACUCCAUACUCCCAUAUAACUAAACAAACUGUCAAAAGCUAGGAUGAAAAAAAUAAUCCAUUUAUUUGCUGAUGUCUAGGGUAAGGCAAAAAUGCUUUCAAAAGUGACUUCUUUUCAAAGUGAAAGUAUGUUUAUGUCUCAGGCCUAGGAUGUAUAGUCCCUUAUGCAAAAAACCCGUGACUGAUCAUGACAAAUUUUGAUUGCUCAUCAACUCUUAAAUGAGUGUGAUUUCACACUAUGUGAUUAAUACUGAAAGUACAACACCACCAAGUUCUGAAGAAAUGAAAUACACAUCUUAGGAAAAUAUGUAUUUUUGUCAAUUUGGCUUGUUCAACUGUAAGCUUUUGUAAGGAUCGUCUAAACUCCUUUUGGUGUCUCUUGCAAAGUUGACAGUUAAGAUAAAUUAUCCUGUAUUUUCAAGGAAGUUCCGCAAAGAGAUAAAAUCCCACUGAAUAAUUCAAGUUGUCAGGAAAGAGAUUUACUUCAGAUGUCUGUAGUGACUUGACUACUUUUUUUUUUUUUUAAGACAGUGAAAAAUACUAAAAUUUCAUUGUCUGACAUGAUUUUCAUAAGUAGUGGUAGUUUUUUUUUUAAAAACAAUUGCUCCUUUGCUUAACCAAGAUUUCCCCCAAAUGAGUGUUUUAUGACCUGAAGAAUUAUUGUGGUAAAUGUUGAUGCACAACCAACAUGUCAACAGGAAAAUAUAAAGCUAGAGGCAACUUUCCAUUGCAGGGAAAACAUUCAGUAAUUUCAACUGUCAUCUUUUUAGGGAAGAAUAAUUGAAGAUACAGGUGAUUACAUGACUUCUUGCAAAAACAGAAUUAAAAAGAAAUUGUAUCCACAUGUCUGCUGUAUUUGGAAGUCCCCUAGGAGCAUGUGGGAAGUGGCAAGUACGUACUGCAACAGUAAAAUGCUGCAACAAAGCAACAGUAUAUUGUAUUUUUCAUGUGCCAAUUACAGACAACUUUUGGAGAUCAAGAAAAUGUAAUGUAACUUCAACCUCGGGUUGUGCAAGCUUCCAAAACAGGACUUCUAAAGGGAAGAGCAGUCACAUCAUCCUACCUCGGUGGAUGCCUUGGCCUCUUGAAUAGUUCAGGACCCUUGGAUGACCACACUUUAUGCAAGAUCUGGAAUCUUCCUGCCUGGACUCCUUUCUGUUUUCUGAGGGUAACUACUUGUUCAUGUUGGGGAGAGGUCUAAAACGCAAGCUGAGUGACUAUGAGGAGAACAUGGCUGGUCUCUCGAGUGCCUUUGAUUCCAGUCGAAAUUUGCCAUAUCCACUUAAGAGGCAGUUGGUGCUUAACAUGUGCCUCACCAAGUUACAGACAUACAAAAUGCUGGUGGAACCGAACUUGCACCGCUCUGUCCUCAUAGCCAACACAGUACGGCAAAUUCAAGAGGAAAUGAGACAAGAGAGUAGUCAGCAGCCAAUUAAUGUCUGCCCUGGCAUUACUCCUAGUUCUCACAGCUACACAGGGAUGGAGUCAUCUGGGAUUUCUCUUCAGUUGCCUUCAGGUAUUAGUCAGCAAGAGUCUAACUGUUGCGACUUACGGUCUGUAGAAGACCCAAUUGAAAAUAGCCUGCUCAUAGUUUCAGAUGAUGAUAUGUCAUCUGCUAUUUCAUCUAUUCUGAAGGAUUUAGACUUUGUAGAAGAUAUAAGCCCGCCUACUUGUCUGGUUCCUACUGGAGAUGACCAGCCAAAGUUUCCAGAAAAUACUGGUCUAAAACUAGAAGAUGAUAGACAGGAUUUGAAGGGAGCUGAAUGUGUGUUUGGUUCCUUUGAGAUUUCAAAUUCAACUAGCUACUUGAAGGAUUUGGCAAUAGAUGACAUUUUUGAAGAUAUUGACACUUCAAUGUAUGAUUCAGACUUUUGCUGCCCUCCAUUAAUGCCACCCAGACCACCAUCUCUUGCUACAGAAGAACCAUUGAAAACCUUUCCAUCUUGUAAUUCUUCUUCAGCAAGCAACAUUCAGAUAUGUAGAACAGAUCUGAGUGAGUUGGACCACAUCAUGGAAAUUCUUGUUGGAUCCUGAUACUUGUUUUACCCAAAGAUACUUAUUAACUGCCACUUUCAUUUGGUUUCAGGAUAAAAGCCACUGGAAAAGUUGUAAAGAAUUCUUUAAAACACAAACUAAAAAUAAUUUGUCCGUAGUGGGAUUUUCUAAAUAAUUCCAAAUCUUAUAAACCAAAAAAAGUGGCAGAUUUUUUUUUUUUUUAAAGAAAUAUUUAUUUAUCAGAACUGUGCAAUCAUCUUUUUCCUUCCAGGGUGUAUGUGGAACAAUAGGCACAUACCCUUAUCACCCCUCAUGCCUCUUUCAAUAAACUUUUUUAUGUGCAAUUUUUAAUUUGUCAGAAGAAUUUACAUGCAAAACAAAUUUCAUACGAGAUGAUCUUUUACAAAGCCUCCACUUUAUUUUUAAUAUCAGAGUCUAUGCCAGGUUGGCAUACAUCAAGUUGCAUAGUUGGAUUGCGUGGAUUGCAGGCGCAUUACAAGAGAUGGGUAUAUUUUAAAAAUGAGACACACUUCGCUUUCUUUUCGUCAGAAAAGCAGAUCAAGACACUGAUCAACGAAGUCUCUUGCAUUUUCUAAAGCAUUCAGAACUAUUUAUUUUUGUAAAUUUUAUAGUCUUUCUACAUUUUACUACGUUAUUUCAUCAUAGUUCAAAUAUAAUGGACUUCUAGUUGGAUGUGUUUAGCACUACCUCUGAGCUGAAAUGCUUUAACUCUUUCCAGUGCUUCGUCUAAGACUGCAGAUCUUGUUUCUAUUUUUUUUUUCUGGGGGAAAGUACUUCUAACUCAUUAAGCUGAUCCUUUGACAGUGACCUAGCUGAUUUGUGAAAUCAAGGGUAUUCAAUGUUUAAAAACUUUUAAGUAUUUACAAAUGUAAUUUAUAUGUAGAUUGUGCAAUUUUAACAUUUUUCUGUCAGUAUUAUGUGCUUAGAUUUUGAAUAAUCUUGGCGUUCUUUAAAUUAAAACUUACUAUGUACAGGUAGCUUUUUAAUCUGUUUUGGAAAACACUGUCCUUCAACCCUGCUUUCACUACAAAGUUUAAGAUGAUUUUUAUGUGCAAUAUUAUUUAAAAAGAUACACAUUUGUAUACCUGGCAUUGUGGAAAGAAACGCUUCAAACUUAAAACUUCUAGCACCUUUGGAGGAUACUCAAGAGUCAACAUGUCCGUAUCCUUUAAGAAACAAAGCUGAGAACACUUCUUACUACACCAGUGCUUACUGCUUUGAAUACUCCUGAAAUACUCAUUGAUACGUGGUGAGUCAGUGCCGAUGACCAAGUACCAUCGUGCAGCUGUGUCUGUGGGAGCUCAGGGGUCUGACCGCCCAGAUGCAGCGCCAGGGCUGGGGCCUGCGUGGGCUUUGGAAGCAUCGUGGUGGUUGCUGCUGCCGAUGCUGCAGAUUGUACUGGGGAGGGAGGGGUGCGUGUCUAUGGCAGGUGUGUAUAUAAGUACAUAUAAGCGCACUAAUUAACUGAAGAUGAGAUUUGCAGUGAGAACUAUUUCCAUAAGACAGUUUGGAUACCGUGUUUCAGCUUGAACUGAGGUCUAUAUUGAUCUUUUCUAUUGUCUUCUGAACUACACACUUGCACAUUAGUUUUUGGGUUGGUUUUUUAUUAUUUUUUAAUUAUAAAACUUUUACUUUGUUCUUGAAAGCUGCAGCACCUGUCUUGUAAGAAAAUUUGCAGUUGUAAAAGCUUUGCUUUGGUUUGUUGGUUUUGGGGGCAGGGGUGGUUGUUGUUCUGCUGAGACUUUUCAUGAAUGGGGCAUCGGCAGAGGAAAAAAAAUGUUGCCUGUGUGUUGCAUCUCACAGAAGUUGAAAUCCUGGCCCUAUUGAAGGGGCCAGGGUUGUCACCUAGUAUUUCUAGUCUUAACCGAUGCUGUGGCACACCUACCUUGUGCAAAGAUCUCCAUUUUUUACUGUGACUAUUUUGGUUAACAGUUAGCUGCCGAUACAAUUUGGUAUCCCAAACCAGUGGAGAACCAGUUCAGGUCACAUCCUCGCAGCCAUCUGGGUUGUUUAGCAACCGAAGGGUAUAAAUGUAUUUAUAUGCAUAUAAUGUAUUGAUUCUAAUAUAAAACCUCUGAUCUAAAGUAUUUUGAAUUGCUGGAUAAAGGGAUUUGUUUGAAGAGUGUAUAAAUAGUUCUUGAAGAGGUACAGCUUCAGAAUGUACACAGAUUGUGCAUUGUGUAUAGACUACUCUGGCUUUUCCUCAGCCUCUACUUUUGUAUUAAAGAUAUGACUGAAUAAAUCCUUGAAAUAUUAAGGGCCUUCUGCACUGUGAUGAAGCAGAGUUGUGGUUAAAAAUGUCUUUAAAUUCAGUAAUGAGGGAUAAAAUAAAAAGACUGCAUCUAAUUUCUUUUUGCAUUUGAAAAUAUGGAAUGUUACUAUGCAGUAAAGAUAUUUUGGUAUGAAAAUUGUAUUAUGUAGCAAAUAGUGAAUGCUUAAUAAAUCCACUUACUCAUGUUGGAGCCCCUACAGAAACACAAGAGAAGACAACUUGCUUUUCAGCAUUUACAUGCUAAAGUUUUUUUGUAUGCUUCAGAAAAAGAUUAAAUUGUUGGUAGAUGUUUUAUCAACAAUUCAAAAUGCAAUUUUUGUUCAAGUGCUUGCUACAAAGCUCUGUUUCUAAUUGGUUGCUUGCAUCACAGUGCCAAGACCAUAAGCUGGUAUGUAAUGCAGUUCGGUUAUGUAUGGAAUUAUGUGCAAAGGGAAGUUUAAUUUUUAAAUAUGCACAAACUAAUUUUAAAAUCCUUCCAUGUAAAAUGAAGUUAGAGGCUAGUUGUGGUGGACCUAUUUAUUGUAUGUUUGGAAAUAAAAGCCACAGUUUUGCAGUUUAA